UCCCCGUCGAUUAAAAUACGAAUGGUACGCAUUUGUUGGUCAAUUAUUAAAUGAUCGAUGGCCGUACAUCGUGUUUAGUUCACGCACGUUCUCUUAUCUAACUUUAUUAUAAGGCAGCCUUCUAUACCAGUGCGUAUAAAGGUUGCUUCCGAAACAGACAAACAAGAAGUAUAGUCGCGAUUUCUUAAAUUAUAGCCUCUGAAAGUAAUCAACGAUGAAGCUGCUUUGCGUUUUUCUCGUCGCUUUCCUUUCCAUCAACGGAUCAUUAGGAGAUGGACUUAAGUGUACACUUAAGCCUGCGGAUAUACCAAAAAAAUGGCUGGACAUGGUUGAACCGUGCACUAAAAUUUUGGAAUCGCAAGUGAAAGUAGAAAUUGAAGCUGCUAUGACUUAUUUAGCUAUGGGUGCUCACUUUGCCCGUGAUUCGGUUAACCGUCCUGGAUUUAGUAAAUUCUUUUUCGAAGCAGCCAAGGAAGAAAGAGAACAUGCGAUCAAAAUUAUCGAAUACUUAUUAAUGCGCGGUCAAUUGACGAAAGAUGUUGGUGAACUUUUGAAAUUCCCAUUGAUGCCACGGCGUGAAGAUUGGACGAGCGGUCUCGAUGCUCUCACGUAUGCUCUUAAUUUAGAAGCAGAAGUCACUAAUAAAAUUCGUGAUAUUAUCAUAACGUGCGAAAACCCCAAACCCAGCCAUUUCAAUGAUUAUCACUUGGUAGAUUACUUUACUGGAGACUUUUUGGAUGAACAGUACAAAGGUCAACGUGAUCUAGCUGGAAAAGCCUCAACAUUGGGUAAAAUGAUGGCUACGCAUGGAGAAUUAGGAGAAUUUUUAUUCGAUAAAAAACUUUUGAACAAUGAACUUUAAUUUCUACUCGAUCGUCGAUAUUGUUUCUACAAAUGUAUAUGAUAUAAUGGCCAUAUUUAGGAUUUAAAAAUAUAUAUAACUUAGUUUGAUUUAAUCUUAAGUGAAUAUAAAAAAGAAUAUAAAUUUUGUUUUAUAUAGAAUAUUUUUCUAAAUAUGGUCUGUAAUAUAGAUAUACGAACCCUGUUUACAAAUGUUUGUUAAACUAUAAUAAGUAUAUUACUCUAACCAAAUAAAUAAAUAUUUUAAGAUUCA